CAUCCUCUGCAGUCUCCCUGUGACUACAAACUCUAUGUGGUUGAAGAGUUGAAGAAGGAACUUCUGAGACGAGUGGUGAGCUGCUCGCACCACCCUCAGCUUGACCCCCUCCCACCCGGCUCUUCCUCACCGCUGUCAUCUUCUGCCUCACCAUUUCCCUCCCUCACUGUUGUGAGAACCAAUUAAAUCAUGUCUCUUUUCACCUCUUCCACUGCCUUGCUCUUGUCCCUGCUUCUGCUGCUCCUCCCACUGCCUCCCUGUCAGCCAGAGUCCCAGUGGAGUGAGCCCAGUCAAGACCCUGACCUAGAAAGGGUCUCACCUUCAGUCUUCCCCUCCUUAUGGUCAUCAUUCGUGCCCUACAGUAAUGUCACUGGGCCUGGCAACACAGACAAGUGUGAUGAGGUGACAGUGUGCAAGCCUGGUAUUCUACUGCCCGUCUGGAAGCCCAACCAGCCCGGGAUUGGAGACCAAGUGGCCAGAGCUGUGGUCUACUUUGUAUCACUCAUGUACAUGUUUCUGGGAGUGUCCAUCAUCGCUGACCGCUUCAUGGCAUCCAUAGAAGUCAUCACAUCACAGGAGAAGGAGGUGACCAUCACCAUGCCCAACGGGGAAACAUCCGUCGCAACAGUUCGAAUUUGGAAUGAAACAGUGUCGAAUCUGACGCUCAUGGCUCUGGGCUCCAGUGCACCUGAGAUACUGCUGUCUGUCAUAGAGGUAUGUGGUCAUGGCUUCAAGGCUGGUGAGCUCGGUCCAGGAACCAUCGUUGGCAGCGCCGCCUUCAACAUGUUUGUAAUCAUUGGAAUCUGUGUAUGGACGAUUCCCAAAGGUGAAACACGGAAGAUCAAACAUCUCAGAGUGUUCUUCAUCACCGCCUUCUGGAGCAUCUUUGCCUACAUCUGGCUCUACCUCAUCCUGUCCGUCAUGUCUCCGGGUGUUGUGGAGCUGUGGGAGGCACUGGUGACUCUCCUGUUCUUCCCAGUAUGUGUCAUCCUGGCUUGGAUCGCUGACCGCCGUCUGCUGUUCUACAAGUACAUGGGGAAGCGUUACCGUGCCGAUAAACGUCAUGGUAUUGUUGUGGAGACUGAGGGAGAUUUGACACCCAACAAGGGUGGUAUGGAGAUGAUGGUAGAUGGCAAGUUCCCACCAAGAGUAGGUGCUGUUGUCCCUGCUGAGAAUGGAGGAAACAGGACUCAGGAUGGUGCAGCAGGUGCUCCAGCCAACAUAGUCAAUGCGAGAGAAGGGACCAAUCCAACAGGAGCCAGGGGCAAUCUGCCCAACUCCAACAGCACGACAGUCAACGUGGAAAACAGCAAGGAGCUGGAUGAGAGCCGCAAGGAGGUGAUUCGUAUCCUGAAGGAGCUGAAGCAGAAAUAUCCUGACAAAGAGCUGGACCAGCUGGUGGAGCUUGCCAACUACUACGCACUGCUGCACCAGCAGAAGAGCAGAGCCUUCUACCGCAUACAGGCAACACGUAUGAUGAUUGGAGCAGGUAACAUCCUGAAGAAGCACGCCGCUGACCACGCUCGCCGCACAGCCAUAGCUGAUGAGGAAUUACCAGAAGAUGAUGAUCUGCCAAUAUGCAGCCACAUCUCCUUCGAAAGUGCUCACAGUCAGUGUAUGGAGAACUGUGGCGUUCUGACACUGACUGUCAUCUGCCAAGGUGGUCUGGGAGAGAAUACGUUCUAUGUGGACUACAGGACAGAGGACGGGUCAGCCAAUGCUGGCUCAGACUACGAGUACAGUGAAGGGACACUGGUCUUCAAACCUGGAGACACUCAGAAAGAGAUUAAGGUGGGUAUAAUUGAUGAUGACAUAUUCGAAGAAGAUGAGCACUUCUUUGUCCGCCUGUUGAACCUACGUGUUGGCGACGCAGAGGGAAUGUUUGAGAGUGAUGAGGUUGGCGCAACCCCCAAAGGCCGCUUGGUUGAACCCCUGGUUGCCACGGUGACUAUCCUGGAUGAUGACCAUGCUGGAAUAUUCACAUUCGGUGACCGGAUGGUGCGUGUAAGCGAGAGUGUGGGCACCAUGGAGGUGACUGUGGUGCGCAAUUCAGGGGCCCGCGGCACUGUCAUCCUACCAUAUCACACAGAGUCCGGCACUGCAAAGGCAGGAGAGGACUACGAGGAUGCCCAGGGUGAGCUGGAAUUCACCAACGACCAAACCACUCAGACUAUCCAGGUGAGGAUAAUUGAUGAUGAAGAAUAUGAAAAACAUGAAAACUUCUUCAUUGUGCUGGAGGAACCGCGCUGGCUGAAGAGAGGAAUCUCAGAUGGUGCAGAGGGUCAAAUGAGUGCAGAGGAGGAGGAGGCCCGGAGAAUAGCUGAGAUGGGGAAGCCCAUCCUGGGAGAGCACAGCCGCCUGGAAGUGGUCAUCGAAGAGUCCUACGAGUUUAAGAGCACCGUGGACAAGCUCAUUAAAAAGACCAACCUGGCGCUGGUUAUCGGCACUCACUCCUGGAGGGAACAGUUUGUGGAAGCCGUGACUGUCAGCGCAGGUGAUGGCGAUGAUGAAGAAGAGGGGCGUGAUGAGCACCUCCCAUCUUGUUAUGAUUAUGUCAUGCACUUUCUGACGGUGUUCUGGAAGGUUCUGUUUGCUUGCGUCCCGCCCACUGAGUACUGGAACGGCUGGGCGUGCUUCUUUGUCUCCAUCAGUGUCAUCGGCUUCCUCACUGCCAUCAUAGGCGACCUGGCGUCACACUUUGGCUGCACUGUGGGACUCCGGGACACUGUGACUGCUGUGGUAUUUGUGGCACUGGGAACGUCUAUUCCAGAUACAUUUGCAAGCAAAGUUGCUGCCAUGCAAGAUCAGCAUGCUGAUGCAUCUGUGGGAAACGUCACCGGAAGCAACGCUGUCAACGUGUUUUUGGGCAUCGGCGUGGCCUGGUCAGUGGCCGCCAUCUACUGGAAAAUCAAAGGGAAGGCAUUCACAGUGGAUCCAGGUUCUCUGGCCUUCUCCGUUACACUCUUCACCAUCUUCGCUUUCUUCUGUAUGGCUGUGCUCCUCUUCCGACGCCGACCCUCCAUUGGCGGAGAGCUUGGUGGACCCAGAGUGUCCCGCCUGUUGACCACCCUGCUGUUCCUGGGCCUGUGGUUCCUCUACAUCCUCUUCUCCAGCCUGGAGGCCUACUGCCACAUCAACGGCUUUUAAAAAAGGGGGAUGGAGAAAUUUCAAGGAACACUGCACAGCAACAUGCACAUAUACUUUGACACUCAGUCCACCUGUAUCCAGACAUUACAAGAAUAAUAUCCGUCUGUUUAAUAAGGCUAACUUGGCAGCCUGGGUGUGUCCUGGUCUUCAGUGCAGGGAUGAAAAAUACUAACAUUCUUUCAAUACGCAUGUGUAAAGUAAUCACAGAAAAACAUGCACAGUUACAGGCACAAAGAGACAGAGGGGAUGGAGAGAAAGAUGUUGAUAUGUCAGAGAAAGUGGAUGUUGUAGAGGAAACAAGCUGUGUUUGACUCUGGGUCAGCCUCUUGAGUGUGGUUUCAUUCAGUUUGUCCUUGAGUUUUGGGAGGUUUUAGAGGUUUUACGACAGGGUUAUCAGUAAUUGAAGAAGUUAGCCUGUAAUGUAUCGGAGGGAUUCCACUACUGAUACUGUUAAUAUAAAGACAUAAUAAAACCCUUUUUGUUUUAGCUGGAUAUCAGUCAAAACAACACUUUGGUUUCUUCCAAGAAAGCCAUCUUCACUUAUCCUCUUUACCCACCAACACACCAGCUGGUUCUUCACAUUUGUGUACCAAAGUGAUAGAAUUGUGGGGUGAAAAAAUGGAAUGUUUCCAAGAAGAAGUGGGAAUUUAUGUGUUACUUA